AACGUGAAUCCAAACCCAAGCCCGAGCACGAAUCCAAACCCAAACCCAAGCCCGAGCAUGAAUCCAAACCCGAACCCAAGCCCGAGCACAAAUCCUAACCCAAACCCAAAUCCAGGCAACAAUCCGGGGCCAUCUACUGGGGGUACUUGGUGUGUAGCCAGCUCCUCUGCUUCACCAACUGCUCUUCAAACAGCACUGGACUAUGCUUGUGGCUUUGGAGGUGCAGAUUGUUCAACUAUUCAGUCUGGAGGAAGCUGCUAUAAUCCAAACACAAUUAAAGACCAUGCUUCUUAUGCUUUCAAUGACUACUACCAAAAAAAUCCAGCUCCCACAAGCUGUGAUUUCGGAGGAACAGCACAAAUUACUAAUACUGAUCCAAGCUCUGGGAGUUGUCACUAUGCAUCAUCAAAAUCAACCCCCACCACACCCCCUACCAUGCCACCUCCAACUCCUCCUAGCACAAUGACGCCAGUGAAUCCAUACACACCAGGUGGACCUCCAAGUGGUUUUGGUUCAGAACCAACAGAUUAUGGUUUAGAACCAACGGGCAGUCCCAAUGGAGCAGAUAACUUAUCAAGCAACCUCCAGUUUAUCUUUGCCGUGGCCUCUUUCAUGGUGGCAGUUACAGCAACUCAUUUCUAAACAUAUUGGGCAAGCAUUGUUCACUGGAGCUGCAAGAAGACACUAGUUGUCUCCAUACUUCCAUUGAUUCUAAAGAGGCACAAUCAUCAUGAGAUAUGAAAAUCCCAUGGCAUUCA